CGUCUUAGUGUUUCUCAAAUCAUCCAUGGCAACCAAAAAUCAAGAUGAAGAUCAUCAGCUUCAUAUUGUUAUGGUUCCUUGGUUAGCUUUUGGUCAUUUAAUACCAUUUCUUGAGCUCUCGAAGUCCUUGGCUAAGAUGGGUCAUCGUAUCUCUUUUAUCUCUACUCCUCGAAAUAUCCAAAGACUUGUUAAAAAUCAAUCGUCUUCUCCCUUCAUCAACUUCGUUUCCAUUCCAUUAGCUAAAGAUGAAAACUUACGCGACCAAGCAGAGGCCACAAUCGACCUUCCUCUAGACGAAGUUCCAUAUUUGAAGAAAGCUUACGACAGUCUGGAAGGUCCAGUGUCCAUCUUCCUUGAAACUUCAAGACCGGAUUGGAUUAUUUACGACUUUGCUCCUCACUGGUUGCCGCCCAUCGCAUCAAGGCUAGACAUUCCUUGUUGCUUCUUUAGCAUAUUCAAUGCAUCCGUUAACUGUUUCUUCGGGCCUCCAUCGCGUCAUACAGAGAGUGAUAAAGAUGAUUCUGUCAGUAGGAACAGGAAAAUGCUGGAGGAUUUCACUGCUACUCCCAGUUGGAUCCCGUUUCCAACUAAUUUGGCUUUUCGAAUGCAUGAAAUACGUAAAGUUUUCGGCAGUAUUCAAAUAAACGUUUCAGGAGUCUCGGACGGACGUCGCUUUGCAUGUACCAUACAAGGCUGUGAAGUCGUGGCUAUUCGGAGUUGCAUGGAAUUUGAAUCCGAGCAUUUGGGUCUUCUUGAAAAGCUUUUCGAAAAACCAAUCAUCCCAGUAGGCUUACUCCCUCCAUCACCAGAUGUGAAUGACGAAGAUGACAAACAUGAAGAGUGGAUGAAGAUGAGGGAGUGGCUCGACAAACAAGAGAAAAAAUCAGUGGUUUAUAUAGCUCUGGGAACUGAAGCAGCAUUGACUAAAGAAGAAACGUCAGAGUUAGCUCUUGGUUUAGAGUUAUCUAAUAUACCAUUCUUUUGGGUACUAGGAAAACCAACGGGAUCAACUGACGACCCUUCAAGUAUGUUGCCAGAAGGGUUUGAAGAGAGAACAAAAGGAAAAGGAUUCCUGUGCUUCAGCUGGGCACCUCAAAUGAGGAUACUGGGACACCCAUCAUUGGGAGGUUUCUUGACUCAUUGUGGAUGGAGUUCAGUUAUUGAAGCACUUGGAUUUGGAUGCCCUUUAAUUCUAUUGCCAGUAAUAAAUGAUCAAGCACUGAAUGCAAGAACUUUGGUUUGGAAAAAGGUAGGAUUAGAGAUUGAACGGGAUGAAGAAGAUGGGUCUUUCACAAGGGAGGCAGUUGCGAAGUCGUUAAGGACAGUAACGGUGGAUGAAGUAGGGGAAACGUAUAGAGCCAAGGUUAAGGAAAUGAGACAAGUUUUUGGCAAUAAUUUAUUGCAUGAUGGGUACGUGGAGAGAUUUUCUCAGUAUCUCAAAGAGCACAGACGGUCAAACGCCGACAAAUUAGUUAAGAAUUAGUUAGUGCCUCAGAUUUUGAAAGUUGGAAAGGUGCCUCCACCAAAGACUUUAUUUGUUUAAUUAUUUUUAUUUUUUGAUCGACAGAAGAUACGUGAGUCAUCAUUAAUGUAUAUUUGUGUUGUCACAUAAUGGUUUCUUUUUUUUCCUAAGAAAAAGAAUUUUAUUAAAGAAGAGAAUUACAUUUCAGAAUC